AUUUUGCUGGGAGUAACGUUAUUGCUGAGCAACGGAGGGGGAGAAGGCCGACGCACAGAGGCGGAUAGAACUGCAGCACGGCAGGGCUGGGCUCCGCACACACACACCCUCAGCACCAACACACACCAGAAAAGAAAAGGGGAGGCUAUCGACACAGGAUGCACAUCAAUGAAGGAUGGCCUAGCAUUGUUGUGCUGUCAGCAGCCAAUCAGCAGUAAGCUACCUGGACCAGAGGAGCGUAGCAGAGGCAGCAGCAGGGUGCAGAGAUGAGCGUCACCUCCUGGUUCCUGGUGAGCAGUGGGGGGACUCGCCACCGACUGCCCCGGGAAAUGAUCUUUGUCGGCCGGGAUGACUGCGAGCUCAUGCUGCAGUCACGUAGUGUGGAUAAACAGCAUGCAGUUAUCAACUAUGAGGCUGGGACUGAUGAACACAAGGUCAAGGACCUGGGCAGUUUGAAUGGGACCUUUGUCAAUGAUGUCCGCAUUCAAGAGCAGAUGUACAUCACUCUGAAGUUGGAGGACAAGCUGAGAUUUGGAUAUGAUACCAACCUGUUCACGGUGGUGCGAGGAGAACUAACUGUGCCAGAGGAAGCUCUUAAGCAUGAAAAGUUCACCAGUGGACUCCAGCUCAGCAAAAAGCCAUCCAAUGGUGAAAGUGCUACCCCCAUAACCACAAGUAAGUCUCCCACUAAGACCCCUACAAAGUCAUUGAAGUCGCCCAGUGGUGGCACCCAGAGGCCAGCAGAGAGCAGAGCAACGGAUGGGAUCACUGCCUCCAUGGAGCCAUCAGCGAAACCUCUGGACACUCACAAAGCAGAGGAGAGAAUAGGAGGGGAUGUUACAGCUCUGCAUCGCGGGACCCCCCUGUAUGGCCAGCCGUCUUGGUGGGGGGAUGGGGAUGCAGAUGAUGAAAAUUCUUUCAAACAGGAAACAAAGACAUCCAGUAAAAAGCAUGACAACUCAGACAGCAAAGAGGCACGUCGAGCGGAAAAAGCCAAAGAGGACGGUCUUCAUGCAUCCACUGGCCACGAUUCCACUUAUUUUGAUAUUCCAACCAAGGAGAGUCAUAUGGCCAGUAACGGCAUUCAUGAGAUACCCACCAAGGACACAGAGGGAAAUGCCACUCAUAGUCACACCACUACAGGUCACGCCUCCUUCACCAUAGAGUUUGACAACACAUCCCCAGGGAAAGUCACCAUCAAAGACCAUGUUUCCAAGUUUUCUUCUGACCACCACCGAUCUCGUGGUAAGAAAAGUGGAGGGGGGAGUGGAGGAGCAGGAGGAAAGGACUUAAGCACACUGCAAGCUGCUAUGAUGGCAUCAGAGAGCAAAGUGGCUGAUUGGCUGGCUCAGAACGACCCCACUCUGGUGCGGAGCGAGUCAACAGAAGAGGACAGCAAGAGCAUCAAGAGCGAUGUACCGGUCCAUCUCAAAAGGCUGAAAGGCAGCAAACAUGAAGAUGGUACUCAAAGUGACUCAGAAAAUGGACUGGGUUUGCGUUUUGCCAGCCGUCGUCACGCCCUCGAGGAACGCCUGAAAGCAGCUCACGGUCACAUAGGAGGAGGAGGAGGAGGAGCAGGAAGUGGGAACAUAACUGUAAGCGGGACCCGAACAACUGGCACUCGCACUGCCUUUAUGAUCGAAUUCUACGACGAGGAAAACCCUCGCAAACGACGGUCAUAUUCAUUUUCCCAGACUGCACCACUGCUUGGAGGAGCUGGUGGGGAAGGACUGUGUCCUCAGCCUCCAUCUCACCCUAAGGUGUUCAGCAUUUCCACCUCAGCUACAACAACCUCAGACUCAGGCAAGGUUCCUGCUCCAAUACCAGCUACAGUAGCUGUAGGUGCCCCUACUGCUGCUCGUGUGCUCCUCAAACAGAGGUCAGAGGACCCAAGUAUCAGUCGGAGUUCAGCCAGUACUGGGCUUGCGACAGGUAGCCCCACCAGCCCCAGUGAGGACCCUUCAAUAGUGGGCAGAAGAGCAGGGGGUGAGGCAGAGGACGACCACAGUGAUAAGGGAACUUACACUAUUGAACUGGAGAACAGAAAUCCAGAAGAGGAGGAGGCCAGGCGCAUGAUAGAUAAGGUGUUUGGCGUUCAGCAGAACCAGGACUCCUCCAUUCUGUCAGACUUAAAAGGAGAAAGAGGGGGAAAGGAGACAGGAGAGACAGGGAAAGAGGCUCUUCCCGGUGACUCGAGCUGGGUUUCUCAGUGGGCCAGUCUAGCUGCCAAUCACACCAGGACAGACCCAGAGGGCUCAGGAGCAGAGACAGCCACCUUCCUACACAAAGAGAGAGGAGCUGAUGCCUUUGAAUCAGGUGUAUCUCUCAGCAGAGGUGAAUCUUCCUCCAGUUUGACUGAUCGUAAGCGCAGGACCCUCCCCCAGCUCCCUGUGGAUGAGUCUCAGGCUAAAUCCAGUACCAAAGCUCUGGGACUGAGGUCUGAAAUUGGGGAGAAACAAGACACUGAACCCCAAGAAAAAGAGAACAAAGGAGACGGGGAGUGUUUGACUCCCAUGGAAGACGGUGAGAUGACCAGUAAAAGGAAGCAAGGCUCCACCUCUUCUCCAUCCAAACCUCCUCAGCGGACUGCUGGCAGUACUGAGCGGCGUAAGAGGUCAGAGGAGAAGAAAGGAGGAAGUGGGGAAACAGGAGAGAAGUCUGGAAAGCCCCUUGUGCGUCAGGGCAGCUUCACGAUUGAGAAGCCCAGCGGUAAUGUGCCUGCAGAGCUCAUCCCACGCAUCAAUAGAGGAGGCAAUGGCCGUGAGCGCAGUGACUCUGUAGGCAGCAUGGAUACUGCUACUCUGUUGAAGGACACCGAAGCUGUCAUGGCAUUCCUAGAGGCCAAACUAAGAGAUGAAAACAAACUAGACCAGAAAAGCAGUAAAACUGGCAUCACCUCUCAGGGAUCAGGUUUUCCCACUCGGACUGACUCUAUUUCUCCUGAAUCAGAUGUGGACACUGCCAGUACAGCCAGUCAGGUGGCUGGUGAGGCAGAACGGAAAGCAACAGCUGGUAGUGGACAAAAACGACGCUCCUUCAGCAGCAUGCACCGUGAGAAAAGCAACAUGAGCACAGCCUCUAAAACAAGCGUCACUAAUACCAGUGCCCGUGAACGCCUAGAGAGGAAGACUAAGAGCAGGACUACGGAAGCAACAAGUCGCGGUGAUGCACGUCGCUCUGUCCAGCCAUCCUCUGCCUCCUCCAGAGCACGUCAGCCAUCUUUGGAUCUCACUGAUGACGACCAGACAUCUUCCUUCCCAAUUUCUGACAUCCUCUCCUCAGACCAGGAGACUUACUCUGGACCUGGUUUAGGUCACUCAGCACAUGGACGUGGUCACACAGAUGAUGUUCUCCAUUCCAAACUUGACAGCAGGUCUACUAAGACCUCCACAAGUAGUUCUAAAACCAGUCGCACUCUUCAGGCAGCCACAACCUCCUCCCUGAACAAGCAGGCCUCACUGCCUCAGCCUCGACCCACAAGAGCAUCCCUGCUCCGUCGUGCACGGCUGGGGGAUACAUCAGAUACAGACCUGGCUGAUGCAGACAGGGUGUCUGUGGCCUCUGAGGUGUCCACUACCAGCUCCACGUCUAAACCACCAUCUGGCCGGAAAGGGCUGUCACGAUUGGAUAUGUUGGCUCAGCCUCGUAGGAACCGCCUGGGCUCCAUCUCAGCCCGUAGUGACUCAGAGUGUACAAUGACCCGGAGCUCCACCUCUUCACCCCGCCUGUCAACUGAGACUGCUCUGCGUCUGGGCUUGCGCUCUUCAACUCCGACAGAGAACAGACUGUCACCCAGAAUGAGGGCCAACAGCGUAUCUAAACUGAAUGAAGUCAAGACUAAAACCACUACAGCAGGAUACUGUUCACCCACUGAGAGCUCUCAGCCCGAUCCUGAGGGCGGUGCUGCAGAGGAGGAGCUGCUGGUGUCCAGUAGCAGCCGAUGGAGACGUCUGCCACCAGAGUAUGGCUCCACCUCUGAGGAGGAAUUUGGCUCCAACAGAAAUUCUCCAAAACAUGGAGGACGCACACAUCUGCGUCCCCAUCACAUGGUGCCACAUCGCAGUUCAAAGCUCAACACCACAGCAAGCCCAGGUUCCAGUCUGGUGCCAGGUCCGGGUGGAGUGGGCCUCAAACAUCGCAUGAAAGAGCAAGAGGAAUACAUCAGGGACUGGACAGCACACAGUGAAGAGAUAGCCAGGUUAUUCCCCUGUGUGCGCAGGAUCAGCCAAGACCUGGCAAAGGAUCUGGCUAUCUUGGCUCGCGAGAUCCACGAUGUGGCUGGUGAGAUCGACUCAGUCAGCUCAUCUGGCACGGCACCUAGCACCACCGUCAGCACCGCCGCCACCACCCCGGGAUCAGCCAUCGACACUCGCGAAGAGGUAGGCUCUGCACGUCCCACGCAGCCGGACAUACAGGAGAGCAUGAGACAGCUGGUAGAUCGUGUGUUUGAUGAGAGCCUCAACUUCAGGAAGAUCCCUCCGGUGAUUUCAACCAAUAAGCCUCCAGAGAUCAAUGGCAAGCCAGUGGAGCUCCGCCCCCGUGCCCCUGACAGUCUGGAGCCUCGAGCUCUGAGGAGACGCACCUGGAACCGAGAGGAGGCGGUGUUGGACAGCCUUCUCCUUACCUCAGUUUCCCAGCUCUCCACCAAGAUCAGACACUCUGUUGACAAAACAGCAGGAAAAAUCAGGAUAUUGUUCAAGGAUAAGGACAGGAACUGGGACGAAAUUGAAAGUAAACUGAAAUCAGACAGUGACAUGCCACUGCUAAAAUCCUCCAAUAAGGAAUUUUCAGCAAUUCUGCUUGAACUGAAGAGAGUUGAAAAGCAGCUUCAAGUCAUCAAUGUGAUGGUAGAUCCAGAUGGGACUCUGGAUGCCCUCGCCAACCUUGGUUUGACCAGUCCUACAACCCCGACCAAGCCCCAAAGCGCCAAAACCACCAUCUCUGCCAUCAGCCCUGGAUCUCAGCCGACUGCCAAAGAACCGCUGCCGGAAAUCCUUCCUGGGCCUGGAGGAUCCGCAGCCUCCACCAAGGCUCAGGCUUCCUCUCCAAACUCAGAGGAAACGGCACGAGACCCCAGUUUGAGUCUGGGGUUACCAGGAGUUGGAGCAUUGUCCUUCAGCCGCAUGCGGCCAAGAGGAGAAGAGGCCAUAGCACAGAAGUAAACAGAAGUGAAAACUAUUUCAUGAAUGAAUUCUACAUGAGUAAACAUGUUUCAGGAUGGCAGUACAGGUGCCUGGUGAUCAGCAUUGAUAAAAAGGAGACAAGAGUAGGAACAUUUAACCAAUUUUAUUUUAUUUCCUGAACAGUGGCCAUUUUCCUGAUUUUAUGAGUUGAAGCAAAUAUGUCUAGAAAAUGAACUUACACAAAAACGCCAGACCAGGCCUGCAAUGAACUGCUGCAUCUCACCUUUACACACCACCAUUUUAACCAGAAACUACGGAUUAUAUAUACUUAAGAUUUCACACCGUCAUCAUACCUACACAUCAAACUGUGCUUAAUGGCCAACCAGUGGACUGAAGAUUACCCUGCUGCUUUCUCAUUGGCCAUACCUCCAUGGUUGUACAGUUUCUUCUCUCCUACAGUCUUAUCUUGCCUUCUCUAUGUGUCUGGACCCUAUUUUGCAAAGGACAUGCCUUAAAACACAUUCUGAGUUGUAGCUCCGUAACCCACUUUACAGUUCAAUGAAUAACAGGAUUCAUAGCUUUGGAGAUGUAUACAACAUCUUCGCACAGUAAAAAAACAGAAAGCAUUGUAAAAUAACACUUUCAAAAAGAUGUUCUAUUUACAUAAUGAUAAAAUACAGUACAGUAAUGAUAAAAUACAUUGCAAUAAUUUAUUUGCUCUUGCGCAGAACAGAGAAUAUUACAGCAGCCUUAAGAAAACAACCUGAUGAACAGACAAGCCUGAAACAUCUAGAAUUAUUUCACUAAAUAAGGAGAAUUGCAGGAGUUUUAUAUAUUUCAUAGCUCUUCAUCUUUACCUUUGGCCUGGCAGCUCUCCGUCCAUUGAUCCAUCUUUCAAACUGACCCUGUUAAAAUGGAUUUGUAGUGCCUCCCCUUCUCUGUGCUUCUACGUAUUCAUCGUCUUAAGUUGUUUUUUCCUUUCCUUUUUGGCUUGGUAGUAGAAAAAGUGAGAUUUUUCACUUCAGUAGCAUGUACAAGACAAAGAUUAAUGCUUUCUUCCUGGAUGUUGUGAUGAUCUUGCUGAUAUUGAAUGGUAGUUCUCAUUUCACACACUAGUAACAGCCUGUGGGAAACCAAUGAUCAUUUUUAGUCUCCAUUCAAAGCAUCAGUUUCCAAAGUUAACAUGGUGGUUAUUGUCAUUCUCUAACAGUAGUCAUCAUUUCUUUUCCAUUUGAUCUGUUGUACAAAAGUUCAAGUCUGUGUCAAAUAAUCAUCUUCCAUGUUGUUGCUUGGAAUCUAUGCGACACCAUACCUUCCUGUGCAGUUCACCUGUUUCUAUGAAUGUCAACAAAUCGAAGAUCCAAAACACGUUUUUAUUAACACACACUUGUUUGACUUUUAAUGCCAUACCUCCAUGGCUCUUUGGUCCAUGUGACGUGGCUCAUGAGAGGCUUAUCAGUGCCCGUAGCUUCAUGCUACAGUAGAUUCACUCAAGUGUCCUAUGAUUUCCAAUUGGCAUUUUUUUGAAGUAGCAACAACAAAGAAAAUAUGUUUUUUGAUAAUAUUUAGAUACUGAUAUAAUCUUGUAGAUACUGUAGAUCUUUGCUGCAGCUUUUAAUGAAAUCUCUCACAACUCUGCGUUUUAGUAUCAUAUUAGGGGAUCUGUUAUUACUACUACUUACUACCACUGCACAUAAACCUGAACGUGAAAAAGCUGCUGGAGUCAAUGUCGCAAAUGUAGUUCAGAGAUAAAAAUUAAACUCUGAGCAGAAUCAAUCACUAUAUAUGCACAGGUCUAUGAAAAUAAGCCCCGUCCCCAUCUGAACGCCUAUUAAACCAAUUUUUGCUCCUUAUUAUUAAUGUAUAUAACUGGCCUCUUCAUUGGUCUUUCCACUGGGGGGGCGAUACCAGCGUAUUACUGCAGGAUUGCAGACAGUACAGUUACCCUCUUCUCAUUGACUUUGCUGCUUUUCUGGUUCGGGAGGAACCAUUUUUUUCUGAAUCUUUGUUCCGCUUAUAGUCUGUGUUCUAGAGUAAGAUUACUUAAAAGACAGUGUAUUAGUACUUAGAUGCUCUUGCAAUAGUGAGUUUAGGUACCACAAUACAUGUACAUUUCCUUCUCUUGAUACUGUACUGUACAAUGUCUUUCAAUGCCUCUAAGUGCCCAGUUUGACUACAGAAGGGCAUUGGUUAAAAGAAAACAGAUGUAGUUCUUUUU